AUGAGCCAGUCACGCGGUCUUUUGUGGAUCAAAGGCAAGCCGGGAACUGGCAAGUCCACCUUGAUGCGAUCUUUGCAUGAGAGACGUGAGAGAUUACAAGACCAAUCCGAAAUCAUUUGGCUUGACUUUUUCUUCACAGCGCGGGGCGAAGAGUUGCAGCGUACACCGCUCGGGAUGCUUAGAUCGUUACUCAAUCAGAUCUUUGAGUUCGACUCCACUGUACGCCCCAAAGUGUGCGAGAUCUAUGAAGCCCGAUCGAAGCGAUUUGGAAGUGACGAGCACAAAUGGGAAUGGCCACAGCGAGUACUGGAAGAGUUGCUUGCGGAGGUGAUCUUGUCGUCCGCUAGUCGGAAACAGGUCACUGUUUUUGUGGACGCUCUGGACGAAUCUGGAGCUGAGUCCGCUCAAAAGAUGGCAGCAUAUUUCCAUCAGCUUGUCAAUAAUGCAGAAAAACUCGACGUUUCUGUUCGAGUCUGCAUUUCAUGCCGACACUAUCCGAUCAUGGAGAUCACCGGGACUGAAGAGAUAUAUGUAGAAGAUCAUAAUCAUGAUGACAUCUUUAGAUAUAUCAGAGAUCUUCUCACUGGGAUUGACAUUGGAAAUUCUACCAAUGAUCAUAUAUUGGAGACGCUAGUCGAGCAAAUGAUUCAUCAAGCCAACAAUUUGUUCCAAUGGGCCCGUUUGGUGAUUCCUCUUGUUAGACGGCAGGCUUAUGAAGGUGAAUCGCUUGAAAACAUUCGUCGUUGGUUGCGACAAGUCCCCAAGGGCUUGGAAAAUCUCUACAAGUACGUGUUGGAGCAUGUAAUAGAGGACAGGAACCGAGCACAGUCUUACCUAUUCUUCCAAUGGCUAUGCCUUGCCCAGCGACCUUUGACUGUGACGGAAAUGCGUUAUGCAAUAGUGGCAAAAGAUGCUGGAAUGAAGGCUCCCGUAAAGUCAUGGAAGCAAUUCAACGGAUUUAUCGAAAACGACGAACGCAUGAAGCAAAAGAUCAAAGCUCUCUCCGGUGGAUUGGCCGAAGUGGUCACAGGCAACGAUGAUGCUAUUGUACAGGCAGUACAUCAGUCAGCCCAAGAUUUCCUCCGCAGCAGAGGGUUGGAACUUUUGUGCCACAAUGUUAACGGGGACCAAUUGCUUUUGAAUGAUGAAACAGUUCUUCAUCAAUGCCAAGUGACUCUUUACCGAUCUUGUCUGGGCUAUCUUGCCACAAUGCAUCUAUCUCGAAAAUGGGCACAAUGUCUUGCAGAGGGUCCAAAUAUUCCGCCGCAUCUCGAUGCUGUGCGAAAAAUGGACCCUGAUACCCGUGACCGAUUCAAGAAUGACUUUCCUCUUAUUGAAUAUGCUAUCAUCAACCUCUUCACGCAUGCUCGAAAAUGUGUUGAAACAAGAACUUCAUCGGGGGCGGAUGCGCUUAAAGAAGAUUACAAUAUACUCAAGCAGUUUUUUGUGCGGUGGGUGCGAAUAUACACCCGUCUACUCUCAUUGCCAAGAGCAGUGGAUUAUCCAUGUUAUGAUACCACACUUUUGCAUGUGGCCGCAGCUGCCAACCUCACUGUCGUGAUACAGUUGGUGUUGCAGGACGGCCAAAAUACUGAAAUGACAGACGAGGCGGGAUGCACGGCAUUACACUCAGCAGCACAACAAGGGCACAUUGCAGCGGCCAAAUUACUCCUAGAGAAUGGAGCAGAGCCCGAUGCACAAAGUAAUUCUCGACGCACGCCAUUGACUGACGCGGCUGCUUGUGGGAAUUUGAAGCUUGUCGAAUUGAUCCUGGCCCAUGGAGCAAGCAUUGAUACAGCGCGUGCUGACACAAAUCCAUUGCAUGAGGCCGCGCAAAAAGGACAAAUAGACGUGGUGGGAAUAUUACUUGAAGCCGGGGCCGAUAUCAACGCAGAGAGUGGUGAAUUUGGGGUUGCAUUACAAGUCGCCGCCGCAGCCAACAAGGACAGCGAGAUAGUACAGGUUCUCAUUGACGCUGGUGCGGACGUCAAUGCGCAGGGCGGUAAAUACGGCAAUGCGCUGCAGGCCGCCGCCGUAUCUGGACAGAGCCCCGAGAUGGUGCAGAUGCUUCUCGAUGCUGGUGCGGACGUCAACGCGGAGGGCGGCAAAUAUGGCUACGCGCUGCAAGCCGCUGCUGCCGGCGGAGAUGGCCACACUCCGUUUUAUGUCGCCACUAUAAGGAGUGAAAGGAUCAAGAUAGUGCGGAUGCUCAUUGAUGCUGGCGCCAACGUUAAUGCACAGGGUGGCGAAUAUCAAGAUGCGGUGACAGCCGCCGCUAAAGCAGGAAGUGCUAAGUUAGUGCAGAUACUUAUUGACGCUGGCGCCGACGUUAUUGCCCCGGAUGGGAAAGCCAGCCUUGCGUUGCAUGGUGCUGCAUCAAGUAGAAGCCCUAAGGUUGUGCAUAUUAUCCUUGCGAAUGGUGCCGACGUUCAUGCAAAGGACGAUGAAGGUGAAGAUGCACUUCUAAUUGCCGCUGGGAGCGGAGAAAGUCCUGAGAUCGUGCGGAUGCUUCUUGACGUGGGCGCCAACGUCAACACCCAGGGUGGAUCACAUGGCUAUCCUUUGCAGGCCGCUGCGAGAGGAGGUUUCAGCUUUAUGGCCCAGUCGCUGCUUGAAUUCGCCCCUACGGUCGACAUAUCACUGGAUGAUGGCAUGAUGGAAAUGGUCUCAUGGGCCGCCGAUCUGCGCGCACAUAGCACUGAGAUAAUGCUGAUGCUCCUUGGUGCUGGCGCUAAUGUCAAUCUACAGGGAGGUGAGCAUGGCUAUGCCCUGCACGCUGCUGCUGCUGCUCAAGACACACGAGGCAGCGAGAGAGUGCAGAUUCUUCUUAGUGCUGGCGCCGACGUCAAUGCGCAGGGUGGCCGUUAUGGAUAUGCAUUGCAAGCUGCUGCAUGUGGAGAUACCCCUGAGGUGGUACAAGGGUUCCUCAGCUUUGGCGCUGAUGUAAAUGCUCAAGGGGGGCGAAUAUGGAAAUGCCCUCAAUGCUGCCAUAUUUCGAGAAAACACCGAGAUUAUGCAGUUGCUUCUUGA